AAGGGCUGUUUGGGGCUGGGGUAGGGGAGGAUGGAGGCUGCCUGUCCAUGUUGGAAAAGACAGUGGUCAGGUCAGGGGAGCUGUGCCAGGCUCGGCUUGCUGCCUGCCAGGGGUGUCGCCCAGCUGGGCUGCUCCACGAGGCGCUUUGCCUAGGAAUGUCCCAGUGCUGCUAGUGCCAGCUCAGCUCCCUGGAGGGGGCGAUGCUGGAGUCCUGGCAUAGAGACGGGCCAGCGUUUUAACUGCCGUCGUGGCCGACCCCCCUCGGGCAGGUCGAGAAGACGCAUGGCAUAACAGCAGUAGCUGGUGCCUGUCUGCACUAGGGCUCCGGCUGGCAGAGCUCCACGACCAAUUGCAGCCCAGGAUGCUGGCUGCUUGCCUGGAACAUCCUGCUGAGUCACACUGAGCUCCCAGCACCGCAGCCCUACCCCCCCCCGGCUGCUGCGGAAGGAGAUGCGUGUGGCCGAGGGGACGGACCAGGGCAGCUGGGCCUGGGCCUUUGCUCUGCCUGCCCCACCUUUCUCCUUUGAAGAGCUGCACUUCUGUUGCCCUGCGUGGUGCCGAGAAUGCGGCAGGAACUAACUGGCCAGCUGCUUUAUUGCCCUCUGUGCCCUGCGCAGAGCCCCGCACAGACAGCACCCGCAGGGUCAGGCCUGGGCUGCCUGCCCUGUGCCCACCCCUGGGCUCUCUGGACUCUUCCCCCCUGAGCAGGAGGCGCCUGGGUGCUAGAUCCUUUCGUUCCCUGCACACCCGUGUAACGUUCGGAGCCUGGCUGUUCUCCCCCCGGCCCUGCCCCGGCAGCUGGCCUCGCCUGGACAUGAUGGGCUAUCUGGGUGAGAGGAACAUCCGGCAGUUCAUUCACAAGAACAUUAUCCACGCCUCGGAGCCGAUGGGGGAUGAGAUGGCCCAUUAUCUCUACGUGCUGCAAUCCAUCACCCUCAACCUGCUGGAGCGGAGGAUGCGGACCCCCAUGGACCCCUACUCGCAGGAGCAACGGGAGCUUCUCCAGUUCCUGCGUCACAGUGCCUUCGAGUUGGAGAGCGAGCCUUCUGCCGGCAGCCUCAGCGCGGAGCGCCGGCGCUCUGUAUGUGUCACGGAGUUCCGCAAGCUGGGUUUCCAGAACUACAGUAACCCUGCCCAGGACCUGCACCGCGCGCCUCCGGGACUGCUGGCCCUGGACAACAUGGUCUACUUCUCCAGACACUGCCCGAGCGCCUAUAGCAGAUUUGUCCUUGAGAACAGCAGCCGUGACGAUAAACACGAGUGCCCGUUUGCCCGGAGCAGCAUCCAGCUCACCCUGGCCCUCUGCGAGAUCUUGCAUGUCGGGGAACCAUGCUCGGAGACGGCCCAGGCCUUCUACCUCAUGUUCUUCGGUCAGGACCACUUCUUUCAGGAGCUCUUCUGUAUCUGCAUCCAGCUGCAGAACAAGACCUGGAAGGAGAUGCGUGCCACGCAGGAGGACUUCGACAAGGUGCUGCAGGUGGUCCGGGAGCAGAUCACCCGGACCCUGUCCCUCAAACCCACCUCCCUGGAGCUGUUCAAGACCAGAGUGAACGCACUUAACUACAGCGAGAUCCUGAGACUGCGGCAGACGGAAAGGAUGCACCAGGAGGAGACGCUGGCCGUGCCCGUGCUGGAACUGCGAGAGAGGCUCAAGCCCGAGCUCCUGCAGCUGAUCCGCCAGCAGCGGCUCCUGCGGCUCUGCGAGGGGACCCUCUUCCGCAAGAUCAGCAGCCGCCGCAGACAGGAUAAGCUGUGGUACUGCCGCCUGUCCCCCAACCACAAGGUGCUGCACUACGGAGACGUGGAGCAGGGAGUGCAGAGCGCCCCCAUCGAGAGCCUGCCGGAGAAGAUUCCCGUGGCUGACAUCAAGGAGCUGCUGGUUGGCAGGGAGUGUCCGCACAUGAAGGAGAAGGGCUCCGGGAAACACAACAAGGAUGUCCUGGACUUGGCCUUCUCCAUUAGCUACGACGUGGAGGAGUACUACCUGAACUUCAUCGCCCCCACUCGCUAUGAGUUCUGCCUGUGGACGGACGGCCUGAACGUGCUGCUGGGUCGGGAGAUGACGAGCGAGCGAACCCAGAGCGAGCUCGACAUCCUGCUCUCCAUGGAGCUCAAGCUGCGCCUCCUGGACCUGGAGAACAUUUCCAUCCCUGACGCCCCUCCCCCUGUCCCCAACCCCCCCAGCAAUUUAAACUUCUGCUAUGACUUCAGCCCCCAUGAACAAUGAGGGCCUUCACCCCGGCCAUGGUGCUCUCGCUCCCCUGAGCCAGCCCCAGCUAGCGGUAAGUCUGGGCCAGAGGCUGCGCUGGAAGGGGGAGGAAGGGAAAACCUGGCUCCCCACCGUGGCCCCUCUUGCUGGGCAGAGAGCGAGUGGAGGAGGAGACUUGCUCUGACCUCCUGGGCCAUGAUCCCCUUUCCCCCCUUGUCCUGGUUCUGCCCCGGCGGAGCUGCUGAGCCUGCCCCUUCCCCCAGGGCAGCCUCCCACCCCUUCGACUUGCUGCCCUGACCGAGCGGGGCUCACCGCAGUGUCUCAUUGCCCCUCACUGCACUGGUGCUGCUGCUGUUACUGCACCAUGGGGGGUGGCCUGGGGCUCCCCGGUCCCCACGGCAGCCUGCUUCUGGGGGGUUGACAGAGCCUUUGGCUGGUGCCAUCCUCCCACAGGAGUCCUCAGCUGCUGAGCUGGUACGAUACGGGACACCUGGGCAUGCCCCAGGGAAAGACGCUAAGGUGGCGCCUGAGAAGGUACGAUCCUGUGCUGCCCCGCGCUCCCCCUGCUGCUCUCUGGGCACGGGAGGCACAGUGAUAACUGACAGCCUGGGGGGGGGGGGCUGGUGCCUCUCCCUGGCCCGGUACCUGCUGAGGCUCUCUCUGCUGCUGGCUCAUCAGCCAGAGGCCUGGCUGACAUUCAGCACCGCCUGAGGAAGCUAAAAAUGUCACACUGCAGGGCAGGGGCCAGCUGUUGCCCUGAGCUUUGACGUGGUGCCAGCAGCCCGUGUUAUUCUUUAUGGACAAGAGGGCGUUUGGGGGAAAAUCUGCCUUCCAGUAGCUACGGUGUUAACGCUGCUGGGGCCAAAUGGCUGAGCAAUUCACUGAGUACAAGAAAGGGGAGUCCUGCCAGGCUGCCAGGGCCCCACCAGGCCUGUGGCACAAGCUGCAUGAGGUGAGCCGAGCUGCCCCUGGUCCCAGCCCAGCACGGUCUGUCUGGCCCCGGGAUCCACUGCCCCCUUAGCCAGAAUGCUGCACUUACUAACCGGCCAGCCUGCUUCCCUAGCCCCUCACCCUGCUCUGUACCGCUCCGGCCUGGGGCCUUUACUGAGAGGGACCCUAUGGCACCAGCCCCCCUCCUCUGGUACGUGGGACUGUAAUAAUACUAAGGGAACCUGCCUGAUUGUCUCAGCACUGGACCUGCAUUGUCCCCUGCCCUGGGGCUGGAAAGGGCUGAGAACAGAUUCCUUCCACCCCCCAGGGUUUGGGCAAUAAACACUUGUACGGAGAAA